UGCGUCAGAUCGAACUGUUUUUACUGCAGCACAGCAACACACGGAAGUGGCGCGAUACCUCGCUUCUUCUUCCGGCGGGUUUGUCUUCUUUCUCAUUUCAAAACUCGAUUAAAGCAACAACAAAAUGGCGGUGAGUGCGGUUCACCUGGAGUCCGACGCCUUCCUGGUGUGCAUGAACCACGCGUUGAGCACCGAGAAGGAAGAAGUGAUGGGUUUAUGCAUCGGCGAGGUAGAAGCCAGCAGGAUCGUCCACAUCCACUCCGUCAUCAUCCUCCGCCGCUCGGACAAGCGGAAAGACCGGGUGGAGAUCUCCCCGGAGCAGCUGUCCGCCGCCUCCACGGAGGCCGAGCGUCUGGCGGACAUGACCGGCAGACCCAUGCGGGUGGUGGGCUGGUAUCACUCCCACCCGCACAUCACCGUGUGGCCCUCGCACGUCGACGUCCGCACCCAGGCCAUGUACCAGAUGCUGGACCAGGGCUUCGUGGGGCUCAUCUUCUCCUGCUUCAUCGAGGACAAGAACACCAAGACGGGCCGAGUCCUCUACACCUGCUUCCAGUCCGUCCAAGCCCAGAAGGGCGCCGAGUACGAGCGAGUGGAGAUCCCCAUCCACGUCGUCCCGCGGGAGGCUAUCGGGAAAGUCUGCCUGGAGUCGGCGGUGGAGCUGCCGCGGAUCCUCUGCCAAGAGGAGCAGGACACGUACCGCAAGAUCCACAGCCUGGCCCACUUGGACCCGGUGACCAAGAUCCACAACGGCUCGGUGUUCACCAAGAACCUGUGCAGCCAGAUGUCGGCGGUGAGCGGGCCGCUGCUGCAGUGGCUGGAGGACCGCCUGGAGCAGAACAAGCAGAGCAUCGUGGAGCUCCAGCGGGAGAAGGAGAGACUGACGCAGGAGCUGAGCGCGCCUUGAUGGGGAUCUUCUACUUGUGGGGUCGAGGCAUUGUUUUGGCAGCAUUAUUCACAGGAAGGACGCAUUUUUUGGAUUAUGUUUUCUUUCUUAAUAGGUGUUUAAUACAAGAUCUGCACAUUCAUAUCUAUAUUUUUUGUCUUUUGAGGUCUUUGUUUUCUUAUCCCAUGCGGCACAUUUGUGGAAAUACAAUUUAAACGUUUUUUAAAAAUAGAGCAAAAAGGCUGAAAUAUUUAUACGUAAUAAUGCAACGAAGCUUUGUCUGUACAUAUAUUUGAGCAUUUUUACAAAAUAAAAUAUAUAAGAACAUCAAAA